CAAGUUCAAGAGAUCAUCUGCAACUACACCAACAGUAUCAUUUACUAAUCAGUUAUCCCAUAAAAUAAUUCUGUCGUACAUACCAAAUAUAUUUAUUUAUGUGCGUCGUACGAGUUGUGUAAUUAUAGUUUAAUCACCCACUGAAUAGACAAUUUAAAUUCAAAAGAAGAAGUUUCAUAUCAUCAAAUGAGCCUUGUCGAUCCCAUUGGAACUUAUUCUUUCCCCUCCCAGAAUUAUUGCACUUAUUUUAUUGUUGAUAUAUUUUGGUCUUCUUCUUUGGAUUUUAAAGUUUUUACCAAAAGAAGAAAGAAAUAACGUAAUGCUACUAGUGAGCCAGGUGGACUAGGUUUAUAGACCACUGGUAGGCAAAAGAUAAAAAUUGUAGAAUUAAUUAAAAAAGGGCAUUAUCAACAACACAUAUCAAGCAUAAAGAAAAUAUAAUUUUGUGGUUCUCUCUCUCAUCAUAAAUCUAGGGUUUCUUAAGAAGUUCCCAGCAAUCUGUAUCACACCAUUUUCCCCAAAUCUAUUCUUUUCUAUCUCUCUCCACAAACACAUACAGAUAUAUAUACAAAUAGAGAACCACUCAUCAAUCCAAGAUCAUAGAACAUACAAAGAGGACGAUUUAGAUCUUAGGCUUUGAUAAGAAAGUGAAUAAUGGUGAGGGGAAAGACUGAGAUCAAGAGGAUAGAGAACGCAACGAGCAGGCAAGUGACUUUCUCCAAGAGAAGAAAUGGACUUUUAAAGAAAGCUUUCGAGUUAUCUGUCCUUUGUGAUGCUGAAGUUGGUUUGAUCAUCUUCUCUCCAAGAUCCAAACUCUAUGAGUUCUCUAGCUCUAGCAUAGCAAAAACAAUAGAACGAUAUCAGAAACGGGUCAAAGAAACUGGGAUUAACCACACAAGAGAGAAUAAUUCUCAGCAAGCAAGAGACGAAACAUAUGGUUUGACAAAAAAAAUUGAGCAGCUAGAUAUAUCUAAACGAAAAUUGCUUGGGAAAGGUAUUGAUGCAUGUUCUAUUGAGGAGCUGCAACAGUUAGAGAAUCAGUUGGAGCGAGGCUUGAGCAGGAUAAGAGCCAAGAAGUACCAAUUACUCCGUGAAGAAAUUGAGAAGCUGAAGGAAGAGGAGAGGAAUCUCAUUAAGGAAAAUAAAGAACUGAAGGAGAAGUGGCGCGGAAUGGGAGCAAUAGUAGUAGCAUCACCAUCAUCAACGUUAUCAUCAGCAGAAGUGAACACGGAUAGCGUUGACAAUAUGGAAGUGGAGACUGGUUUGUUCAUUGGACCUCCUGAACCAAGACAAUCCAAGAAACUCCCUCUUUAACGUUAAGCCAAGUUUAAAAAAAGAAGAAGUUAAGCCUCACAACUUCAAAAGAAUGUUAUUUAUGUUUUAUAUAUUUUCGUCCAAAAAGUUGAGGUGUCAAUAAGUUCUUAAACAUAGUGUAGUAUUUUGUUCUUAUUCAAUGGGUUGAGUUUCUAAAAUUUCUAUAAAAAACUGUUCUAUCCCUUUUGGGUGUAUUGGAAACUUAGAACAUAGAACAUAUUAGCUUGAAGUA